CACUCGUCGACUAUCCAUCUUGACUUCAAAAGAUGUCUGCAGAUACAAUAGCAGGCUUCUUAGCUGUCUUUGAAUCCGUCCGUCAUCAACCGCGGCCGUACUCAGCGCUGAGUGACUACCUCGCUUCAAUUGCUGUACUUCCUCGCUGGAAAGGCGGAGUAGUGGUAUUACCCUUCUCAAGCAUCAUUCUGAACUUCAUACUACUGAUCACGGCUGUUGGAACCUGUUUCGUCAAGAUACGCUGCAAAACUUUCCAUCUGGGCUCUAUAAAUCAAGACCGCAUAUUACGACCCAACUCGGCUGUCUGUUUUGCACUUGGAUGCAUUGUGUAUUCGUUGUGUGAGUAUAUCUAGCAAGUUCCGCUAAACUACCUGGGUCACUAAUUUAUGCCAUAGCGACAAUCGCGGAGACUGCUGUGUGGAUUUCUGGAAAUGAUGUCAAGGGUAUAGACAAUACGCGUGGGAGGGUGGCUCUAGCUGGCACGAAAUUCACCUAUCUAUGGAUGGGGGCUUGGUUCGUCCCUCUUCGCGAUAUUUGACCAUCACCUUUGUUUUGAUUUGGAUCGCAAUCCAUCUUUCGUAGGUGUUUUUCUUGGAGCAGUGCGGGUCACUACAUCUGUUGCAAAUGGAGACCUCCUUGGCAGCCAGCCCAUAAUCACAGUAAGAUCCCGGCCCUGGUGGUAAUGAUUCUCAAUACAACAUUCAUAGUCGCGGCAUUGUUGGCUCUCAUAU